AGCUUGGAACGUGCUAUAGCGACUGGUGAUCCAUUUCCUUGUCUGGAUGCUCUCGUGCUUCGCGACAUGUUUCUGCCUCGUUCAGGAUGGUCUCCUGAUCUGGCUUCAUCUGGUCUCACCACUUGUGAAUUUCCUCUUACCGAUGAGUCUAGCGGCACUUCUUCCCAGUUUCAAGGUCUCCGCACUUGGUCCGAACGUUGGCUUCAGACCUCAAGGCCUAGCACUUUGGAGAACCGGUGGACCGUCGUGCUGACCCCAUCAAGUCAAACUGGUGACCCAAUUAAUCGCAUUCAGACUGCUUCCUCUUUGCCGUGCUCAACUCUGAGCCUUGCUGAUAUACCAUCUCCUCUUUGCGGUAAUGUCUCAUAUCACGGACCUGAAGCUUUACUCGACUCCUACGUAACUCGUGAUUGGCGCCGCGUCAGUCUGCUUCUUUGUCUAGCUGAGCUUCUUUCUGCUAGGCGCUUAGGCUAUCCUCCCCUUUCCCCUGCCGGCGUCGGCCUCGGUGCUUCCGUGCGGGAGGUGACACAUGUUAAUCCAGCGCCCACAGUGCGCACCGCCGAUUUGCCCAUCAAGCCAUUUGAUGUAUUCGCCAUCUGA